AUGAAAGCACGCUACGGAGGAAACCAGAGCACCAUGGGAAAACUCCAAGACCUGUUCAUCUCUUCGCAGGAAUCCAACCCUGGAUAUCUAUAUGAAAAGCGAGCGCGCUAUCACUUAACCAUACGACCACCAAUGGAAAAUAUCUGUAUGGUCGACGUGACGAAAACUAAUCAAACAGAAGCUCCAUGUAAAGACUAUCUAGAUUUGAUACUUCUUGAUUCCCGAUACACGUUGCUGAUGAAGGAAAGUUUUACCACACAAGAGGAAUAUGACAACCGACUAAAUAUAUUAAUGGCAAUUUGUGAGCCUCCAUGUUCCAACAAUGGCAGAUGCACUAGCCCUCACGUGUGUACCUGUCAGCCGGGUUUCACUGGAACAUUCUGUGAUGAGAUCCAGUUAGACGUGGACGCAGUUAAACAAUACUGUUACACUAGCCCCUACUGCCAUGGCGAGAAAGCGACAGAAUUCGCUAAUCAACUAACAUACGAAGACGAAUGCUGUAAAGGUGGUGGUGCUGGCUGGGGAGCUAGUGGUGGCAAAUGUGAAGACUGUUCUGUUAUUUAUGGCGGAGAGGGAGUUGUUGAACAGACAAAGGACGUUGGCUUCAGAACAUGCCUUAACUGUGGGAUCAGCUACUACAGAACAUUCGAUGGUCGCGAAUAUCAGUUCCCAGGGAAUUGUAAAUAUACUCUUGCCGCCGACAUUCAAGGCAAAUGGCAGGUUGAUGUUGAACCUAUCAACUGCGAUAAUUUUGAAACCUGCAGAAAGGAAGUCGUAAUUUUUGUUGCAUCUGGCGAAAAAGUAUCCGUGAAGAGCGGAGAGGUUUACGUAGACGGCGACAAAUUUGAAGUCACUACUGAAGCCAAAAGCACAAAUGGAAAUACGUACGAUAUUCUAAAGAAGGGCGACUGGAUAAUGAUUACAACGGCGAACAAUAAUCUAAGACUGAAAGUAGAUUACUUUUCAACACUGUAUCUCACACUUGACGACAGUCUCCAUGGAACUGCAAGUGGGCUCUGUGGAAAUUUCAACGACGACUUUAAAGAUGAUCUAAGAACAAAAGCCGGUGAUCUUACGACAAAUCCGUCUAAUUUUGGAAAUUCAUGGAGAACAGACAGCUCGUGCUCACCAACAGGACCAAUUGUCGAUAACUGUCACGACCUUGCUAUGAAAUCAGAAGCCAUGGAAGCCUGUGGCAUAUUAAGAACAGGUCUUUUUAGAGAUUGCAGGGCUAAGAUUAGCUAUGUCACCUGGUACCAGAUGUGUGUAAAUGAGUACUGUAAAGCAGACGCAGAUAAAAAGGAAAAUGUGCGAUGUUAUCAUGUAGGCGCAUUCGCCCAUGAAUGUGCCCAAGUAAACAUAAUCGUCUCCUGGAGGAGCAGAGAUGUUUGCGCUCCAUCGUGUCCCGACGGUCUCGUAUAUAAUGAGUGCAGUUCGCCUUGUCCCCGAUCAUGCUCCAAUAUAUUUGCUGAUCUGUCAGAAAGUUGCUCAACCAAAGGACCAUGCGUAUCUGGAUGCGAAUGUCCCGUUGGUACUAUCUUACAGGAUGGCAAAUGUGUGUCGCCCGACGAAUGCAAAUGUAACUACAACAAGGAAUACUAUUCGCCAGGGGAUGUAAUAAAGAGAGAUUGCAACGAAUGUGAAUGCGAAAAAGGGGUAUGGAUAUGUACAGAGGAACGAUGUUCGAGCACGGCUAGAAUUUUCGGCGUGACGCAUAUAGAAACGUUUGAUGGCCAAGAAUACGACCUGGACCCGAACGUCGCAAAAUACGUUUUAGUUGAGCGCAGUGACGAGACUGAAGAAGACUCUCGCUCAGACCUUACAGUUGAGAUGUCCUUCGACAGCUGUCCUGUGAUUGAUUCGUCAUACAACCGAAAUUGUCUGUCGGCUGUUCACAUCAAGUACAAAAGCACGCACAUAACACUUAGAGGAACUGAAGUAUUAAUCAACGGUGAAGUUAUUCAUGGAAACAGCUUCUACUAUUUCCAUUCCCAAGACGUUUACAUCAAGCAGGCUACAAAUUUAUACAUAAUGGUGAAAGGAUUCGGAUUCCAGCUCCUGUAUGACCAAUCUAGAGCGGUUUAUUUAACACUCGAUCGGUUUUACAUGCACAAGGUUCGCGGGUUAUUCGGAACAUACAACGACAACAAGAAAGAUGAUUAUAUGGCGAGAAAUGAUUACCCCGCGGCUGAGCCCCAUCUGUUUGCACAUGACUACAGCGACAGUGUCAAUUCUCCAAAACAAUACACUCGAAUUCAUCAGUCCUCAGCGUUGGCAGAAGAGGCGGCUAAACUCUGUGAGCUUCUUAGCACGCACGAGGUCUUUUCUAUGUGCCUAGGACGUAUUGAUGUAAAGUAUUAUAUAUCCAAAUGUGAAGAUGACUACAUUUCAAGUAGUGUUGAGGGUCGUGACAAAGUGUUUUGUGAUGUAACAGCUGCUAUGGCGAUGGAAUGUGCGAAUAUAGGCAAAAAUUACAUUGCCGCUUGGACGGAAGCCACUGAAUGGAAAACUAGAUGCAUGUCAUAUUCACGGUGUACAUAUGGAGGGUCCUAUACCGAAUGUGCUUCCAUAUGCAACGGGAGAUGUCGCGAUACACAGAUGUCAGAUAUGACCUGUCAAGAAAUCUGUGUUCCUGGAUGUCAGUGUCCAGACGGGCAACUGUACAACGGUGAUGGACAAGGGGCUUGCGUAACCAUUGACCAAUGCACAUGUUUUAACCACUAUGACGGCAGCUAUGUUGAGCCAAACACGAGUACACGACAGGGAUGUACAAAUUGUACUUGCGUAAACGCAGCUUGGUCAUGUGACAAUGAGAACUGCGACGAAGACAUUGUUUGCCCGAAAACUCAAAUAUAUAAAAAGUCCAUCACCGGCUGCGAACCAACUUGUGAUACAAUUGAUCGGACUAUCGCAUGCUCCUCUGCAAUUACAUACGAUGGAUGCGGAUGUCCUGAAAAUACAUACAAAACUCACGACGGACGAUGCGUCAAGAAAAACUUGUGUCCAUGCACUCGAGGAGGAGAAUAUUUUGAACCAAACGCAAUGUUUAAUGAUGCUUGCAAAUCAUAUCGCUGUGUAGACAGGCAUUGGUUGAAAGUUAGUGAAACUGAUUGCCCAGGUGUGUGCUGGGCCUCGGGAGAUCCUCAUUACCAGACGUUUGAUGAUGUUCAUUACUCAUUCCAAGGAAAAUGCGAGUACACACUUGUACGGGACAAUAAUGCUCUCAACCGAGAAUUUGAAAUCAGUACCACUAAUGUUGAAUGUGGAACUACUGGCGUAUCAUGCACAAAAUCGAUCAUCAUCAAAACAGGACAGACCCAGGUUCAACUGAUGCGGGGACAUCCACUUAAAAUUAAUGAUGUGGCUUAUACUGACCGUCUUAUCAACCUUGCAAAUCUUAACAUAACCGUAGAGUUUCCUUGGACAUCUGUCUUUGUGAAUGACUUUUCAGUGCUAUGGGACAAUGGAACACGAGUAUUUAUUUUCCUAAAUUCAAGAUGGAAAGGUCGCGUGGAAGGUCUGUGUGGCAACUUCGAUGGCUUAGACAACAAUGAUUUUCAGGCACAGAGUGGAAUUACAGAUCCCACGGAUAUAAAUGCUUUUGCUAAUUCUUGGAAGAAAGCUACAUAUUGCCCCGAUGUAGAAAGCGAUCGUAACGAGCUGAUACCUUGUUCGGGAGAUAAAGCGAUCCGAAAGACUUGGGCAGAAGAGACUUGUGGAAUUAUUAAAGAAGGGGAUAUGUUCGCUGCCUGCAGGGACAAAGUCAGCAACUACCAAGAUUAUUAUGACGAUUGCCUGUUUGAUGCGUGCAGCUGUGAUAAAGGAGGAGACUGUGAAUGUUUGUGCACAGCCGUUGCGAAUUUUGCAGAAGAAUGCAAUAGAAUGGGUAUUUUUGUGAAAUGGAGAACACCCAGAUUCUGCCCAAUAAUGUGCGAGAAUGGAUUGCGGUAUACUCCAUGCAUGUCUCCCUGUCGUCAGACAUGUAGAAAUAUUGGCAAUGAACCAGAACCAUAUUGCAACAGCACACAAUGCGUCGAAGGUUGUUUCUGUCCAGAGGGAUACAUUCAACACGGUAAAUAUGAUGGUUGCAUUCCGGCUGAUGAAUGUCCAUGUUAUGAAAAUGGAAUUGAACACAUCAGUGGAUCAGUGAUUACUCACGAGUGCAUGAAAUGUACAUGUAUUCGGGGUAAAUUUGAAUGUGAAGGUUACAAUUGCAAGCCGAAAUGUAAACCGGAACAAUUUACUUGUGACGAUGGACAGUGUAUCGGUGAGGUUUAUGUAUGUGAUGGACAUUUUGACUGCAGAGAUGGAUCGGACGAAGCAAAAUGCAAUUGUACCUCAUCGCAAUUUACUUGUCAGAAUGGAGCUUGUAUAGAUAUGAAGGAUAGAUGUGAUGGCUUUAAGGAUUGCGCUGAUUCAUCUGAUGAAUGGUAUUGCAACCAUACAUGUGAGGCUUCAAAAUAUGAGAAAUUCCAAUGCGAUAACGGCGACUGUUUACCUGCGUCGUUUCGAUGUGAUGGCAACUAUGAUUGUCGAACAGACAUAUCAGAUGAAGUGAACUGUACAAAGAAGUGCGAUAUGUUGCAUCACUUUAGAUGCAUUGAAACUGGGAAAUGCAUACCCAAAACUAUGGAAUGUGACGGUCAUGACGAUUGUGGAGAUGGCAAUGAUGAGGCUGAUUGUACAACAACAACCACAAGUGUAACGACAACUGCAAUGCCUACAACGACAACUACUCCAGAGACCACGUCCACUACUACAUCGACAACGACUCUGCCAACAACAACCACCAUGCCGACAACUACAGAGUCAACGACCCCAGAGGGAACUACAUCUACAACAACGGUAACCACUAGCACAACCACACCUACGACUACGCAGAGUACAACAACAGAAUGUGACAUCCAAAUGAUAUCUGAAGACAACACUGUCGAUGUGGUUUCUAACACUAAAGAUGGAAAUGGUAAUGGUCUGGAAGUAGCAUUUGUUCCAAAUUCGGGCGUUCUAAAUCCAUCAAUAACAUAUAUGAUCAAGGCAAUCAAUGAGGAGGUUAAAUUCGUCCGAUUUGCUGCGAAAGUAUGGAACGUGAUGACUAUCAAAGUGUUUGUCCUUGACGAGAACAACAAUGCCGUUGCGCCUAUCAAUCCAAAGCAGGUGUCACUUUCCGGACCAUAUCCAAAGACGGUAGAUGUACCACUGGUCGGUACGAUGGGAGUGAAGGUGAAGGUAGUCCUUGAACCAACCUCCUAUGGCCAACCUAAACUUGAUGAGGUAGUGAUCGAGGCUUGUUACACAUCAGCAACAACAACCACAAGUGUAACGACAACUGCAAUGCCUACAACGACAACUACUCCAGAGACCACGUCCACUACUACAUCGACAACGACUCUGCCAACAACAACGACCAUGCCGACAACUACAGAGUCAACGACCCCAGAGGGAACUACAUCUACAACAACGGUAACCACUAGCACAACCACACCUACGACUACGCAGAGUACAACAACAGAAUGUGACAUCCAAAUGAUAUCUGAAGACAACACUGUCGAUGUGGUUUCUAACACUAAAGAUGGAAAUGGUAAUGGUCUGGAAGUAGCAUUUGUUCCAAAUUCGGGCGUUCUAAAUCCAUCAAUAACAUAUAUGAUCAAGGCAAUCAAUGAGGAGGUUAAAUUCGUCCGAUUUGCUGCGAAAGUAUGGAACGUGAUGACUAUCAAAGUGUUUGUCCUUGACGAGAACAACAAUGCCGUUGCGCCUAUCAAUCCAAAGCAGGUGUCACUUUCCGGACCAUAUCCAAAGACGGUAGAUGUACCACUGGUCGGUACGAUGGGAGUGAAGGUGAAGGUAGUCCUUGAACCAACCUCCUAUGGCCAACCUAAACUUGAUGAGGUAGUGAUCGAGGCUUGUUACACAUCAGCAACAACAACCACAAGUGUAACGACAACUGCAAUGCCUACGACGACAACUACUCCAGAGACCACGUCCACUACUACAUCGACAACGACUCUGCCAACAACAACGACCAUGCCGACAACUACAGAGUCAACGACCCCAGAGGGAACUACAUCUACAACAACGGUAACCACUAGCACAACCACACCUACGACUACGCAGAGUACAACAACAGAAUGUGACAUCCAAAUGAUAUCUGAAGACAACACUGUCGAUGUGGUUUCUAACACUAAAGAUGGAAAUGGUAAUGGUCUGGAAGUAGCAUUUGUUCCAAAUUCGGGCGUUCUAAAUCCAUCAAUAACAUAUAUGAUCAAGGCAAUCAAUGAGGAGGUUAAAUUCGUCCGAUUUGCUGCGAAAGUAUGGAACGUGAUGACUAUCAAAGUGUUUGUUCUUGACGAGAACAACAAUGCCGUUGCGCCUAUCAAUCCAAAGCAGGUGUCACUUUCCGGACCAUAUCCAAAGACGGUAGAUGUACCACUGGUCGGUACGAUGGGAGUGAAGGUGAAGGUAGUCCUUGAACCAACCUCCUAUGGCCAACCUAAACUUGAUGAGGUAGUGAUCGAGGCUUGUUACACAUCAGCAACAACAACCACAAGUGUAACGACAACUGCAAUGCCUACGACGACAACUACUCCAGAGACCACGUCCACUACUACAUCGACAACGACUCUGCCAACAACAACGACCAUGCCGACAACUACAGAGUCAACGACCCCAGAGGGAACUACAUCUACAACAACGGUAACCACUAGCACAACCACACCUACGACUACGCAGAGUACAACAACAGAAUGUGACAUCCAAAUGAUAUCUGAAGACAACACUGUCGAUGUGGUUUCUAACACUAAAGAUGGAAAUGGUAAUGGUCUGGAAGUAGCAUUUGUUCCAAAUUCGGGCGUUCUAAAUCCAUCAAUAACAUAUAUGAUCAAGGCAAUCAAUGAGGAGGUUAAAUUCGUCCGAUUUGCUGCGAAAGUAUGGAACGUGAUGACUAUCAAAGUGUUUGUUCUUGACGAGAACAACAAUGCCGUUGCGCCUAUCAAUCCAAAGCAGGUGUCACUUUCCGGACCAUAUCCAAAGACGGUAGAUGUACCACUGGUCGGUACGAUGGGAGUGAAGGUGAAGGUAGUCCUUGAACCAACCUCCUAUGGCCAACCUAAACUUGAUGGGGUAGUGAUCGAGGCUUGUUACACAUCAGCAACAACAACCACAAGUGUAACGACAACUGCAAUGCCUACGACGACAACUACUCCAGAGACCACGUCCACUACUACAUCGACAACGACUCUGCCAACAACAACGACCAUGCCGACAACUACAGAGUCAACGACCCCAGAGGGAACUACAUCUACAACAACGGUAACCACUAGCACAACCACACCUACGACUACGCAGAGUACAACAACAGGUAUGCAUCCAACAACAACAACCACAAGUGUAACGACAACUGCAAUGCCUACGACGACAACUACUCCAGAGACCACGUCCACUACUACAUCGACAACGACUCUGCCAACAACAACGACCAUGCCGACAACUACAGAGUCAACGACCCCAGAGGGAACUACAUCUACAACAACGGUAACCACUAGCACAACCACACCUACGACUACGCAGACAACAACAACCACAAGUGUAACGACAACUGCAAUGCCUACGACGACAACUACUCCAGAGACCACGUCCACUACUACAUCGACAACGACUCUGCCAACAACAACGACCAUGCCGACAACUACAGAGUCAACGACCCCAGAGGGAACUACAUCUACAACAACGGUAACCACUAGCACAACCACACCUACGACUACGCAGAGUACAACAACAGAAUGUGACAUCCAAAUGAUAUCUGAAGACAACACUGUCGAUGUGGUUUCUAACACUAAAGAUGGAAAUGGUAAUGGUCUGGAAGUAGCAUUUGUUCCAAAUUCGGGCGUUCUAAAUCCAUCAAUAACAUAUAUGAUCAAGGCAAUCAAUGAGGAGGUUAAAUUCGUCCGAUUUGCUGCGAAAGUAUGGAACGUGAUGACUAUCAAAGUGUUUGUUCUUGACGAGAACAACAAUGCCGUUGCGCCUAUCAAUCCAAAGCAGGUGUCACUUUCCGGACCAUAUCCAAAGACGGUAGAUGUACCACUGGUCGGUACGAUGGGAGUGAAGGUGAAGGUAGUCCUUGAACCAACCUCCUAUGGCCAACCUAAACUUGAUGAGGUAGUGAUCGAGGCUUGUUACACAUCAGCAACAACAACCACAAGUGUAACGACAACUGCAAUGCCUACGACGACAACUACUCCAGAGACCACGUCCACUACUACAUCGACAACGACUCUGCCAACAACAACGACCAUGCCGACAACUACAGAGUCAACGACCCCAGAGGGAACUACAUCUACAACAACGGUAACCACUAGCACAACCACACCUACGACUACGCAGAGUACAACAACAGCAACAACAACCACAAGUGUAACGACAACUGCAAUGCCUACGACGACAACUACUCCAGAGACCACGUCCACUACUACAUCGACAACGACUCUGCCAACAACAACGACCAUCACAACCACACCUACGACUACGCAGAGUACAACAACAGAAUGUGACAUCCAAAUGAUAUCUGAAGACAACACUGUCGAUGUGGUUUCUAACACUAAAGAUGGAAAUGGUAAUGGUCUGGAAGUAGCAUUUGUUCCAAAUUCGGGCGUUCUAAAUCCAUCAAUAACAUAUAUGAUCAAGGCAAUCAAUGAGGAGGUUAAAUUCGUCCGAUUUGCUGCGAAAGUAUGGAACGUGAUGACUAUCAAAGUGUUUGUUCUUGACGAGAACAACAAUGCCGUUGCGCCUAUCAAUCCAAAGCAGGUGUCACUUUCCGGACCAUAUCCAAAGACGGUAGAUGUACCACUGGUCGGUACGAUGGGAGUGAAGGUGAAGGUAGUCCUUGAACCAACCUCCUAUGGCCAACCUAAACUUGAUGAGGUAGUGAUCGAGGCUUGUUACACAUCAGCAACAACAACCACAAGUGUAACGACAACUGCAAUGCCUACGACGACAACUACUCCAGAGACCACGUCCACUACUACAUCGACAACGACUCUGCCAACAACAACGACCAUGCCGACAACUACAGAGUCAACGACCCCAGAGGGAACUACAUCUACAACAACGGUAACCACUAGCACAACCACACCUACGACUACGCAGAGUACAACAACAGAGAAUUUAUCUUCGAGCACCGCCUCAACUGUGACAACGUCUUCAACGCCGAUAUCGAAGACAUCCACGCCAUCAGUUUCAACAACAACAACAUCUGCAACGCCUACACCGACAACUUCAGGUACAGCUCUUCCUCCAACAACCAGCUUAACAUCACUGAGGUCUACCUCGACAACAUCAGUAACAACAUUAUCUCCUACAAUAAUUUCUACCACAUCCCCUGCAAAUACGUCCACACCUUCACCUACAACGUCGAGUGUCACUGAACCGAAAACAACCACAUCAGUAUCUUCAACCAAAACAACAUCAGUAACAACAGUUCCUCCUACUACAUUAUCUACCACACUCCCUCCAACUACAACAUCCACACCACCUUCAACAACAUCGAUUGUCACUGAACCGGAAACAACCACGUCGACAACAGCUACCCAAACAACAUCACUAACAACAGUUCCUCCUACAACAACAUCUACCACACAACCUCCAACUACUUCUUCCACACCAUCUCCUACAACAUCGAUUGUCACUGAACCAGAAACAACCACGUCGACAACACCUACCCAAACAACAUCAGUAACAACAGUUCCUCCUACAACAACAUCUACCACACCACCUCCAACUACAACAUCAACACCAUCUCCUACAACAUCGAUUGUCACUGAACAGGAAACAACCACAUCGACAACACCAACCCAAAUAACAUCAAUAACAACAGUUCCUCCUACAACAUCAUCUACCACACCACCUCCAACUACCACAUCUACACCAUCUCCUACAACAUCGAUUGUCACCGAACCGGAAACAACCACAUCGACAACACCUACCCAAACAACAUCAGUAACAACAGUUCCUCCUACAACAACAUCUACCACACCACCUCCAACUACAACAUCCUCACCACCUUCAACAACAUCGAUUGUCACUGAACCAGAAACAACCACGUCGACAACACCUACCCAAACAACAUCCGUAACAACAGUUCCUCCUACAACAACAUCUACCACACCACCUCCAACUACAACAGCCACACCAUCUCCUUCAACGUCAAUUGUCACUGGACCAGAAACAACCACGUCGACAACACCUACCCAAACAACAUCAGUAACCACAUUACGUCCUACAACAACAUCUACCACACCACCUCCAACUACAACAUCCUCACCAUCUCUUACAACAUCGAUUGUCACUGAACCGGAAACAACCACAUCAACAACACCUACCCAAACAACAUCACUAACAACAGUUCCUCCUACAACAACAUCUACCACGCCCCUCCCAACUACAACAUCAACACCAUCUCCUACAACAUCGAUUGUCACUGAACCGAAAACAAGCACAUCGACAACACCUACACAAAUAACAUCAGUAACCACAUUACCUCCUACAACAACAUCUACCACACCACCUCCAACUACCACAUCUACACCAUCUCCUACAACAUCGAUUGUCGCCGAACCCGAAACAACCACAUCGACAACACCUACCCAAACAACAUCACUAACAACAGUUCCUCCUACAACAACAUCUACCACACCACCUCCAACUACAACAUCAACACCAUCUCCUACAACAUCGAUUGUCACCGAACCGGAAACAACCACAUCGACAACACCUACCCAAACAACAUCAAUAAAAACAGUUCCUCCUACAACAACAUCUACCACACCACCUCCAACUAUAUCAUCCACACCAUCUUCUACAACAUCAACUGUCACCGAACCCGAAACAACCACAUCGACAACACCUAUCCAAACAACAUCACUAACAACAGUUCCUCCUACAACAACAUCUACCACGCCCCUUCCAACUACAACAUCAACACCAUCUCCUACAACAUCGAUUGUCACUGAAACGGAAACAACCACAUCGACAACACCUACACAAAUAACAUCAGUAACCACAUUACCUCCUACAGCAACAUCUACCACACCAUCUCCAACUACAACAUCCUCACCAUCUCCUACAACAUCAAUUGUCACUGAACCGGAAACAACCACGUCGACAACACCUUCCCAAAUAACAUCAAUAAAAACAGUUCCACCUACAACAACAUCUACCGCACCACCUCCAACUACCACAUCUACACCAUCUCCUACAACAUCGAUUGUCACCGAACCGGAAACAACCACAUCAACAACACCUACUCAAACAACAUCAGUAACAACAGUUCCUCCUACAACAUCAUCUACCACACCACCUCCAACUACAACAUCUACACCAUCUCCUACAACAUCGAUUGUCACUGAACCGAAAACAACAACAUCGACAACACCUACCCAAACAAUAUCAAUAAAAACAGUUCCUCCUACAACAACAUCUACCACACCACCUCCAACUACCACAUCUACACCAUCUCCUACAACAUCGAUUGUCACUGAACCGGAAACAACCACAUCAACAACACCUACCCAAACAACAUCUGUUACAACAGUUCCUCCUACAACAACAUCUACCACACCACCUCCAACUAUAUCAUCCACACCAUCUCCUACAACAUCAACUGUCACCGAACCCGAAACAACCACGUCGACAACACCUACCCAAACAACAUCACUAACAACAGUUCCUCCUACAACAACAUCUACCACGCCCCCUCCAACUACAACAUCCACACCAUCUCCUACAACAUCGAUUGUCACUGAACCGGAAACAACCACAUCGACAACACCUACCGAAAUAACAUCAGUAACCACAUUACGUCCUACAACAACAUCUACCACACCAUCUCCAACUACAACAUCCUCACCAUCUCCUAAAACAUCAAUUGUCACUGAACCGGAAACAACCACGUCGACAACACCUACCCAAACAACAUCAAUAAAAACAGUUCCUCCAACUACCACAUCUACACCUUCUCCUACAACAUCGAUUGUCACCGAACCGGAAACAACCACAUCGACAACACCUACUCCAACAACAUCAGUAACAACGGUUCCUCCUACAACAACAUCUACCACGACACCUCCAGCUACUUCCACGGCAUCUCCUACAACAUCGAUUGUCACUGAACCAGAAACAACCACAACGACAGCACCUACCCAAACAACAUCAGUAACAACGGUUCCUCAUACAACAACAUCUACCACGCCCCCUCCUACUACAACAUCAACACCAUCUCCUACAACAUCGAUUGUCACCGAACCGGAAACAACCACAUCGACAACACCUACACAAAUAACAUCAGUAACCACAUUACCUCCUACAACAACAUCUACCACACCACCUCCAACUACAACAUCCUCACCAUCUCCUACAACAUCGAUUGUCACUGAACCGGAAACAACCACGUCGACAACACCUACCCAAACAACAUCAGUAAAAACAGUUCCUCCGACAACAACAUCUACCACGCUCCCUCCAACUACAACAUUAACUUCGUCUCCUACAACGUCAAUUGUCACAGAACCGGAAACAACCACGUCGACAACACCUACCCAAACAACAUCAAUAAAAACAGUUCCUCCUACAACAACAUCUACCACGUCACCUCCAACUACCACAUCUACACCUUCUCCUACAACAUCGAUUGUCACUGAACCGGAAACAAGCACAUCGACAACACCUACACAAAUAACAUCAGUAACCACAUUACCCCCAACAACAACAUCUACCACACCACCUCCAACUACAACAUCCUCACCAUCUCCUACAACAUCGAUUGUCACUGAACCGGACACAACCACGUCGACAACACCUACCCAAACAACAUCACUAACAACAGUUCCUCCCACAACAACAUCUACCACACCACCUCCAACUACAACAUCCUCACCAUCUCCUACAACACCGAUUAUCACUGAAGCGGAUACAACCACAUCGACAACUCCUACACCAACAACAACAUUACCUAUUAUAACAACAUCUACCACACCUCCUCCAUCCACAACUACUACACCAUCUGAUACAACGUCUAUCCAUUCUACAGCAUAUUCCACUCGUCAAACAACAGCAAUAUCUUCUACGACAACGUCAACCCCAUCAAUGUCAUCAACGACUAGCAUGACUUCUUUUGCGUCAACAACGUCAGCCACGCCCACACCGACGACAUCUGUCAUUAGUACAACAACACCAACUACCAAUGCUUAUCCUUCCACAGAAUGUGUACAUAGAAUUGUAGAAAAAUACUCCGAUGAUGUGGUCGCUACAUCCAAAGAUGGAAUUGGCGACGGACUGAGUGAAUCAUUUUUACCGUUUGCUGGGCGUUCUCUUCCAACAAUUACGUACACGUUUCAGACUGUUAAUGAUGAUGUGCAGUUUUUUCAGUUUGUCGGACGGGUUUCAAAUUUGAAGUUGGUCCGCCUCUACGUUGUUGAUAGUUUAAAGAAGAUUGUCCGUCCUAUCAAUCCGAUCGAGGUUGACGCUACUGGAGGUUUCCGGAAAAGGAUUGAGGUAAAAUUACUGGGUACACGAGGUGUAGCGUUAAAAGUGGUUUUGUUACCAGCAUCGUAUGGUCAGCCUACGCUUGAUAACGUCCAAUUGGAAGUUUGCUAUGAAACAGGUAAAAAUGUACAGGAUGCACUCAUCCGGUUACCAGCGCGUGGUUUUGGUUACUUUCAAGCCAAUGUCAAAAUUAGUGUUCAGUAUGAUUGA